AACGAUUUCGAACCGAUGCGAUUACGAUGUCGUUUCGCUAUCUCACCGAGGACGUAUGUCCAGGCCGGCGGGCAGCUGACCCGUGAGGAGGCCCGCAAGAGGGCCGUCUACCAGCUCCUGUCCAAGGAGCAGAGCUACUCGCUGGCACUCCAGUUUGGCGUGAGCCGGUUCCUGGUACCGCUGUCGGAGCGGAGGGACCUCAUCCAGCCGGCCGAGCACCAGACGCUCUUCCAGAACAUCCAGGAGAUCCUCCGCAUCACCGAGGAGGUGCUCGAGCGCCUGAUCCAGGAGGACGGCGAGCCGCUCGUCAACUCGGUGGCGCAGGUCUACAUGGCCGUGUGCCCCCAGAUGACGGUCGCCUACCACCGCUACUGCUCCGGCCUCAAGGUGGCCGACGCGCUGCUCGUCAACAAGACGCGCAACCCCGAGUUCAUGCGCACGCUCAACGACCCCGCCGUGCCGCGGCGCCGCCCGGACCUCACCGCCUUCCUGCACAAGCCCCUCGAGCACUACCGGGAGAUCCUCAAGCUGCUCCAGACCAUCCACAACUUCACGAGGCACUCGGACGACGACUACCCGCUGCUCACCAAAGCGGUGCACGAGUUCCAGGCCGCGUACCGGGGCCUCACCACCUCGUCGGGCAUCAUGGAGCCCGAGGGCGAGGGCAGGCCGCUGCUCACCCUGCAGGACGUCGAGAGCAGGCUCGUGUUCACCAAGUGCAAGCCCUUUGCGCUGACGGCGCCAGGCCGGCGGUGGAUCUUCGGCGGCGACCUGGUGCGCAUCGAGGGCCGGUCCGAACGCCGCUACUGGGCGCUGCUCUUCACCGACCUGCUGCUCUUCGCACAGGUGUCCCGCGACCGGGUGCUCUUCAUCUCCGAGGAGCCACUGCGCCUCAUCACCAUCACCCAGGCCGCCUUCAGCAUCAAGCGGAGAGCGACCGAGUUCCGCCUCAUGGUGGACGGCUCCACGUCACCGUCCCCGACCGGCCUCGGGGAGACCACCAAGAAGACCAAGAAGGGCGACCGUCGGCGCACCAUCGUGCUGCGGGCGGCCAGCGCUGAGCACAAGGCCGUCUGGCAGAACCUCAUCCAGAGGCAGAUCAUCUACCUCAACACGGCCCGCGGCGGCACCCCGGCGGGCAGCCCGCUCGACUCGCCCGACCCGCCCAGCCUGUCGCUGACCACCGCCGACUCGCUCCGGGAUGGGCUGGUGCGCCGGCCUCCGCAGGCGGCGCCGGACGACCACUCGGCCGUGGAGGAGCUGAUCGAGCACCGCUGCCGCCAGCUCAGCCGCUCGGCUGGCUCCAAAGGCUCGGCGCUGCACUUGGCGCGCUGGAUGCGCGGCCAGCUGGGCGUGCUGGAGCAGGGCGGUGAGGACCAGCCCGAGCCCACCGAGCUGUGGAGCGUCGACACCCUCAACCGGCGGUCCGAGGAGCUGCGCCUCACCGCCAGCGCCGUCAUCCCGCUCCGGGGCGGCAGCCGGGCGAGCCGCGUCGAGGACCUCGAGCUCUCCGAGGACAGCCUGGGCCGCAGCCGCAGCAGGAGCACCACCGACAGCCAGCUCACCAUCCGCUCCGGGACGUCCGGGGAGAAGGUUCCGGUCUGCCGGAAGUGCCACAAGACGUGCAUGGCCACGCGGCCGAGCAACAACCCCUGGGCGCCGGCGCCCGCCUGCUCCUCGUCGUCGCGGGAGACGCCGCCGCCGACCUGCCCCUCGCCGUCGAACGCGUCCACGCGGCCGUCCACUAUCAGCCCGGCGCCGCCGGCGGCGUCGACGUCGACGUGGUCCUCCUACCGGAAGUACGAGCCGCCGCACCUGCGGGGGGACAUGUACUACCGCAAGGAGGUGCCGCGGUUCAGGGACCAAAUCAAGGAAGAGGCAGAGGAGGACCACCUCCGCGAGGAGGAGCAGCGCCAGCAGCAGCAGCAGCAGCAGCCCGACCAGGGCUGGGGCCCGUGGAUGCUCAUGGCGGGCAUGUCCAUGCUCGGGGGCGCCAUCUCGGGCGACCCCUUCGCGCCCGCCCCCGUGCCGCCGCCGAGGGACACCUCGAGCGGCUUCACCGCCCCGCCACAGAUAACCGUGCUGCCGGCCACCCCGGGCGUGUCGCGGGCGCCGGGGAUGACCGAGGAGGAGGAGGACGCCAUGUGGGACGAGAUGAUCGAGGCCGAGCUCCAGAACAGCCCCAUGAUACGGCGGAGGAAGCUCGAGCAAAUACAGCAGCAGCAGCAACAGCAGCAGCGGCGCGUGGGUACGGCCGGCAGCGGCGCGGGGUCGCAGGACACGCUCGACGACUCGUCCUCGGACGUGGGCGAGCCGCCGUACCGCUCGCUGUCCUCGUCCUGCGAGCUGCACCGCUACGGCACCCUGGCCUCGCUGCCCGACGGGCUCGCCGCCGAGGAGGAGCUCAACGGCUGCGAGCAGGAGGACGACCAGGACGCCGCCGAGGAGGACCGGGUGUCAGGCCCCGCGACGGCCACGGCUCCGGGUGUUCCCGGCCUCGACGGCGGCCUCGACGUUGGCCUCGACGGCGGCCUCCCCGGGACGCUGCCCCCCGGGGCCGGCGGCGGCAUGGCCUCCUCGCUGCGCGGCUGGACGGCGCGCGCGGGCGUGUUCGUGGCCGAGAAGAUGGCCAUCCUGGAGAGGCUCGGCGACGACUCGCUCGCGGCCGCCCUGCUCGACCGCUACCUGAGGCCGUCGCAGCCGCUCGGCCAGCCGCAGGGCGGCGAGGACUCGGGCACCACCUCCGGGGGCACGUCGGGCGAGGAGGCCUGGGGGACGCCCACCUCCGGGGGCGACAUCGACGACGACCUCGGAUCGCCGUUCGGGCAGGAAUUUCGAUCGUUCCCGAGCUCGCCGCCCGACUCCACGUCCUCCGUGCUCACCGCCGAGGAGGAGGCGGAGCAGCUCAUCAUGGAGGAGCUGCUCACCUCGGCCGCGCUGGCGCACCGCCUGUUCCCCAGCUCGUCGGCGGCGGCCCGGCGCCGGCUCGAGCCGCUCGUCGAGGAGGACGAGAGCGUCCCGCCGGCCGACACGCCCUCGCCGUCGGAGGUGACCGACGAGAGCUCCAGCUCGGACAGCGACGAGCUCGCGUCCGUCCUCUCCGAGGCGCCCUCGCACCUCGGCUCGGGCCGGCCGGGUUGCGAGCGUCACAGAGUCGUAGAGUCCCUGCGAAAGCAACAACAGCAACAGCUCAAAGACGAUCGGCCGACACAACAGCAAACACCCAGCAGCGGCUUUUUCACGCGGCUCCGCCUCAGGCGCCUUCAGGCCCGCCAGGACGUGCCGAAGGACACCCCGAAAAGAGGCAAGAUCUUGUCGUUCCUGAGCCGAGGGGGCAAGUCUGACGGCGCGGGCGCCGCCACGGCGAGCGCCCCCGCGGCCAGCGCGACGACGACGGCGUCCUCGGCCUCCGCGGAGCUGUCCACCAUGACUGUGACGACGCCGUCUAUCACGGCUCCCCUGGCGAGCGCGCCGCCGUGCGCGCCGCACCCUGGCCCGCACCCCGCCGCCGUCAAGCCGUCCACCAGGCUGUCCAGGCUGCUCAGCAGGGACGCCGUCAACGACGUGCCCGCCGCCCUACCGCGGCAGAUGGCCGUCGGUCCCGACGACGCGCCCGCCUCUCCACACCCGAAGCAGCAGGCGGACCGCCGCUUCUGGAAGAGCCUGGGGCGGCGGCGGGCGGGCGCGCCGCAGACCACCGGCGUGGGCGCGUCCUUGUAGCGGCCGCUACACGUCGACUGCGUGGACAGCGAGAGCUUCAGUGAGAGCUUCAGCGACAGCCCCUCGAUGCGCCGGCCGCUGAGGACGCGCGAGGAGACCUCCAGCCGGGCGCGGCCCCUCUCCGCGGACUACACCAGCAUGGUGGUGACCACGCCGCCCACGCGGAGCCGGUCCGAGCCCGAGUUUGACGUCUGCCUCGCGACCACCUCGACCGCGACCCCAGCCCCGGCCCCGGCCCCGACCGAGUCCUCCUUCAGCCUCGGCCUCGCCCGCUGCCUCGGCGUUUUCCAGCGCCAGGCCUCGGACCCUCAGCCAUCCGCGUCCGCGGCGAAGCCCAGCCUCUGGCGUCAGGCCUCGGACCCGGCGCCGUCCUCGACGGCCGAGGUCAGCAGGCAGCCCCAGCGCCAGGCCUCGGUCCCGGAGCCCACCCCCGUGACCAGCAACGGCAGGAGGGCGGCCGACGCCGUGCCGACGCCACCGAUACGACGCCAGGUCUCGGACCCCGUCGUGCCGACGUGCGUCGCGACGCCCCCGAUCCGGAGGCAGGCCUCGGACCCCGUGCCGAAGCCGACGCCGACGCCCAGCCCGGUAUCCAUCCUCCGGCCGCCGGGGACGAGCACGCCAAGGCGUCACGUGGCCGAGCAGACUCGGGUCACCAUCUCGGUGCCCGUGGAGACGCACGCGCCGCCGAGGUCGCCGCAGAGGCCUAGCCUGACGAGGUCCUUCAAGGAGGAGCUGCGCACUAGCUCGCUGUGACCAACCAUCUCCACGACGAGUAGCCUUCAGUCGACGUGUCCCCGCCGCCAGACGAGUCGCACAGCACCCGCUAACUUGGCCAAACCCAGAACCAAAUGACUGUCUUAGCGAUGUCGAAACGAUGUCGCAACGAUGUCGUUCUGACACCAGUCAUUUCUCGCUGGGAAGUCCCACCCGCGGUCAGGAACCUGGAACUUUUUGAAGUCCGAAAUAACGUUCCACACGGGUGGGCCGAGGUGCCCGUUAGAGAGACGGUCUCUCUAUCGAACGUGCGCCGCCGUCAUCUUCGCUACUCACUAGUCUAGAGAGUUUUCAAGUGAUUUCUGUGUUAACUAGAAUGUGCGAGUGUUAGUCCGUCCUUUCCGCUUGGGUCUACCUCCUCGCCUUUCAGACGACGAACCUGUGCAGUUCGUGAAAUUGCACUUUUUGUAGUUAAACUGAAGCGAAUUGUAAAAUGUGAGACUUUUUUGUCAGUUGUUCUAGAUUUUUGAGAGAUUUCGACUAUUUUCUUCUAGAGCGGGUAAGCCGUUCUCUCUUUACCAUUUUUAAGCUUUAUUCUGUAAAUUUAACUCUUGGAUGAUCUGACUGUAGGCGAGUUUUCAUCAUCACAAAACUGGAGUAUUGCGGAGAGACGCAAAGCUAUUGCACUGUCCUGUUCUUCCAUUUUUGAUGCCUUUUAGGCGCUCGAUGUGGUUUUGUUUGUAACGUUUUUUCAAUGUUGUGACCCGUAGAGCUAUUAUUCUAAUUACUAAUUAUAAUAUGCAGCUCACUCGGGAUAUCUAUCUAUCUUUGUUUCAUUCCAUCAGCUACUCUCGGCCCAUCCUGGAAAAUAGACUACUUCGAUUUUUCGCCCGAUGUCACUUUGGAUGCUCGACGAAUUACAGAGGAUAGAAAUGUUGGGCCAGUGACCAGAGUGUCUAUUUCCCAAGCUGGCGGCCAUGCCAAAAAGCUGAGAUUCAGGGAUUCUCUGUUUUCUUUUCUCGAGAAGAUAUCAUUUUUACUAAUGUCGUUACCGUUUUCCUUAGUAAUUACGUCAUACCAUGCGCUGCAGAGCGGCGCUCGCAAUACAUGUUCUUCAAUGUUUGAAUCUGAGGUGGUUCGUGGCUCAGACAAGACUGGCCGGAUGUCCCAAGCAAUACUUUUAGGUGUUCGUCAUGCCCAGGUCGUUUGUUUCUUUAUGUAAAGCUAAUUCUUCCAAUUAUAAAAUUCUCGAAAAACUAUUCGCCAUUGUUUGGCCGUCUCAUCUUUGUUUAAUCUUAACAUAGUGUCGGAAGAACUCGCUUUCAGCUGUUGAAAGGUGUCAAUGUAAAGCUUGGCUCCACAUGGGGACACUGACGUUAUGGAGUUUGACGUGGAGUCACUGUCGGAUAAUUCACGAUUUUCUUGCGAUAUUAUAAUUAUUACUAUUCAUACUAUUACUAAUUGUUGUCGCGGACAUCCACGCAUGUACUCGCGUAAGUGGACCAAACAAGAUCAUUCCCACUACAUACACACUUUUCCUUUUCAAGUUUGGUCUGUUGUAUAGCCAUGGAAAAAACGUGUAGCCGAAGUGAAAGUGUAGCAAGUAGUGGCCAAUAUCUGCUAUACCUUAAGUUUACUUUAUGUAAAGCAAAUUGGCACUGCUACACUUUUGGAUACAUUUUUCCCGAGAUUUUUCCCCAUGUGGAUACCCUACUUGGAGAUAUUCCGACAGACGUCUUCUUUUUUUUUGCAUACGUUCGUAAAACGCCGUGAUACAAGGAUAAUGAAAAGUGUCCGACUAAAAAAACGGGCCCCUUCGACCGUCUAUCUUUUUGAAUGGCUCUAGUUAAUGGUUCUCGCGGAGCGUGAGCGACUUUGUCAAUUAAUACUUUAAAAUGUAUGUCACGACUAAGUAGUAGUUUUAGAGGUUUCGGCGUUCGACGGCAGAAAGACACCUUUCAGCACUGGCUCAUAAUAGACAACCACCAUUUUGCUCAACCUUUUUUCCCCCCUCUCGUCCUCUGAAGGGAUGUACGGAACCACCGCCGUCUUACUUCCCCCGAGGAUAUUUGAACGACCUGAGCACGAAGUUUUUGAAUGAUCGAUGUAAAGUUGGGCCAGGGAACGUUUGGUCCAGGGGCUUAUCCUUUUGAAAAAACGGGAUAUUGAAACGGUAUUGAAAGGAUGUCGAAACGGGAAAACCGAGACGCAAUCGCCGUACCGUUCUGACAUUGUUUCGAAAAUCACUGAUCAAACGUUGUCUGACGCGACUACACAAUAUUUCACUCUGGUAAGUGGUUUUCGCAGCCUCGCACCGUGUAGUGUUCUCCCUGUGAUGGCGACUGUUUAUGAUAAUUAUAGAAAAAUGUUACGAAA